UGUGGAUGAAUCUCUAAAGUGAUAGGCAAGAAGUAAUCAAUGGAAAAUUUUGGAUUUCAAAUCUAGAUUUUUAGGAUUUUACCGACAGGUUUUGUAAAAAAAAGUUUUCUUAAUUGUAUCGGUCAUUGUAAUGCUUUAAAAUUUUGCAUUAAAAAACUUGUAAAAUUUCUUGAAACGGUUUGACAUUAAAAUAGAUUUGGUAACACCGAUUCGGGAUGAUAACUUUCGCUAUUUCGAUUAAAAAUUACGUCAUUUUUUUCAACACAAAAAAAAGAUCCGUUUCACUGUGCACAAUAACUUUUAUCCUGACUGCUAAGUUACCGCAGGUGAAUUUUUAUAUGCAGAAAUUUGACAAAUAUAUUUUGUGAGUGAGUGUAAUAGAACCAAAUUCCGAAAAUGGUAGAAUAAUCGGGCAGUGUUUUGAUUUUGUUCUAUCACAAAAAUUAUUAGAAUUUUCGAAAUCUCAUUUGACAAUUUGAGAAAAAUCGCAUAUCCCAUUGAAACUGUUGAAAUAAAAUACUUAGUGGCACUCUUUGAAUGAAAAUUAAUUGAAAUAAAUUGAUUUUGUCAAUGCUGUUUUCGGAUUAUCAAAAUAGACGCUGUGACACGCUAAGACGUUUAUUUUUAGAAUUGCAUGCAGUACUCAGCGUUUGAAAUCAAUAACCGAACUAAAUUCAAAAUAUUCAAAAAUUCAUAAUGAAAUGUCAAGUCGAAAAAACACAACCGGUUCCAAUAAAUGGAAAAAUUGACAAAACAUUGGACCAGGGAUUCGAUGAGAAUGCAUCCAGCACAAGCAGCAGUUUUAAUACAUUGGAUUUAGCCAACAAUUUUGACAGUUUCAAUGACAGUGCAAUAUCUGAUCCCGAUCAAACGGAGAAAAAAGUGACCGUUCGAAAUCGAUUGAUAUCACUGGAAAGUGGUUUCGAGAGUUUUGGUAAAUCAAAAGUGUCCGGCUCUGAUUUAAGUGAAAUAAUUAACAACAAUAAUGAGUCGGAUGAUAUCAUAAGUGCAUUAAAAAGUGAGGAGAAUCGUCAAUAUUGUGAUAUUGGUAAAAGUGAUAAAACAAAAGAUAAAGUAAAGAAAAAUCGGACCACAACCGUUAAUAGUGUGCAGGAUAGCUAUUUAGAUCCGAAAUUAAUAAAUAAAUCGGAUGGACUACAAGAUGUGUUGUGCUACAUUGACGACAAUGGUAGUCCCCAGAUCAGAGAAAAAUAUAAGAAGAAAAAGAAGACAAAUAAGCAACCGAAGAAAAGAUUAACGUACGGUACAGAAGAAUGCAUUGACGCGUUCGCAAUAGAAGAAAAAACUCCGUCGUGCGUCAGCUUUUCGAAAAUAUGCAGACGACUGAAAAAUUCAUUUUAUAAAGAUGGCUCGAAAGUAACAACCGUAGUCGCAACUCCAGGACGAGGAUCAGAUAGAGUUCAGGAAGUAUCUUAUACGGAUACUAGGGUCAUUGGAAAUGGAAGUUUUGGUGUGGUCUUCCAGGCAAAACUAUGUGACACUGGCGAAUUGGUGGCAAUUAAAAAAGUUUUACAAGAUAGACGGUUUAAGAAUCGAGAACUACAAAUAAUGAGACGGCUGGAGCAUUGUAAUAUUGUCAGUCUAAAAUAUUUCUUCUAUUCGAGCGGGGAAAAGAAAGACGAGGUUUAUUUAAAUUUAAUGCUCGAGUUCAUACCAGAAACAGUUUACAAAGUGGCACGUCAAUACGCUAAAAGUAAACAAACGAUACCAAUCAAUUUCAUCAGGCUCUACAUGUAUCAGUUGUUUAGUAGUUUAGCCUACAUUCAUCAAUUGGGUAUAUGCCAUCGUGAUAUUAAACCACAGAAUUUGCUUUUGGAUCCGGAAACAGCCGUGCUGAAAUUAUGCGAUUUUGGUAGUGCUAAGCAAUUGCAUCCUGGUGAACCAAAUGUUUCCUAUAUUUGCUCUAGGUAUUAUCGAGCACCUGAAUUGAUUUUUGGUGCCAUCAAUUAUACGACGAAAAUUGAUGUUUGGAGUGCCGGUUGUGUUCUGGCUGAACUAUUACUCGGCCAACCAAUAUUUCCUGGUGAUUCUGGCGUAGAUCAGCUUGUUGAAAUAAUUAAAGUGUUGGGUACACCCACACGUGAACAAAUCAAAGAAAUGAAUCCUAACUACACUGAAUUUAAGUUUCCACAAAUCAAAAGCCACCCGUGGCAAAAGGUAUUUCGUGCGCGUACACCACCAGAAGCAAUUUUACUAGUCUCUAAACUUCUUGAAUACACACCCAGCGCAAGAAUGACACCACUACAAGCUUGUGCUCAUCCAUUUUUCAAUGAUUUAAGGGAGUGUAAUCAAAGACUUCCGAAUGGACGAGAACUGCCGCCAUUAGUUAAUUUUUCUGAUCAAGAACAUGCACGUGCGUUUAUCAACACUAACUUACAACCGCAAACAACAAACGAAACUGUAAUAAGUGGAGGCGGCGUUACUCCUCCAGGUACAUCACCUGCAGUCGCAGCUACAAGCACAUCUUCAGCACCGUCGACGGGUCAAGCAGCGAGUGGAUCAUCGAAUUCAGGUGGCAUCUCGUCGACUUCAGGUAUUGAUGCAAGCAGCACCAGUCAACCAGGUACUGCCAUACAGACAUCAACGUCGAUGGGUUAGCUAACAUCAAAUGUUAAUAACGAAAGUGUAAAUUUAGUGGUGAUGAAUGGUUAGUAUGUAAACUGAAUAUAAAUACAAAACAAAAUAAAAUAAAAAUAAAAUAAAAACGUAAAGAAUAGCAAAAAGAAAGAAUGGAAGGAAAGUAGAAAAACAAAAGAAAAGAAAUUUAGGACAAAUAUGAAUGUAUUAGAAAGAGAAAGUUAAGUAAUAAAACAAUUCGAAACAAAACAAAAUAGAUCAGAGCGAACCAAACAACAAAUUAUCAUAAAAUUUAAUAGAAAAUAUCUUCUAGUUAAGCAAACGUUUACUCAGACUCAAUGAUGAUACGCAUGAAAAAAGUAAUAUGCAUUAAUUGAAAUUAGAAAAAAAAAAA